GUUGGGGCAGGCUUGCCUGCUUGAAGGUGAAAGACAAGGGAGGCUCGCGCAGUACCUGUUUCAAGUGUCAGGCCUUAGCAUAAGGCAGUGAAAACGGCCGCUCUGCCGACGAUAUGCUUGCAGUUCCGUGGUUGAUUGGCUGGGCUCUCAAGCCCUACAUUCAAAUUAACGACCAGGCAGAUGCUACGAAGUCGGAGAAGAGACUCUCUGCUGCUGUUGCCAAGGCCCAGUUAUCUUCCCUUGUUGUAGAUAGCGGCUCCAAUCCGACACCAGGAGGCAGCUCAGCAUCUGAUGAGCCUGCCCCACAAGAAAAACUCAUACAGGCAACAGUUGUCUCAAAAACUGCCGCAGUCAAACCUACUCACUCAGCAACAGCAGGACCGAGUAGGAUCCCACAGAUCGUGAAGCCACAGCAGUCAGAAAGCCCACCGGAUUCGGGUUACACCACUAAGGUCAGCACGCACAGCAUCACGCUGAAAAUGAGCAGUGAGUGGGCUCAGCAGCAGAUCGAGCAGUUUCGCUUCACCUUCGAGGAGGCUGACCACGACAAGAGCGGAUGGCUGUCCUUUGCCGAGGUCCUCAACGUCCUGGAAAAGGCUGGCUUCAAAGGCACGCCAGAAGAGGCAAAGAAAAUCUUUGGUCACUUUGACCUUAACCAGGAUGAGAAAAUCACGCGCGAUGAGUUUGUUGUGGCCAUGAACAACCUGCCUCGCAUUACUAUUAAGGAAUUUGUUCUUCGAAAAGUCUUCAAAGCACUGGACAAAGACGGGAGUGGCACACUGUCGAGAACGGAGAUCGAAGACGCUACCAAAAAGGAGAAAGGUCUGGAUAUCUCGGCUGACAAGAUUGCAGAGCUGCUAAUCGUACUGUCCAAAGACACGAGGGAUGACCAUGUGGACUACGAGGAAUUCCUGCGGGUGUUCGGCGUGCAGUCUACUGCCACCGUCAUGCACGGCAUCUUCCAGAAGCUGGACGUUGACAAGAGCGGUUUCCUGACCAAAGACGAGAUCCUGCGCGCCGUGGAAGCUGAGUCGGAGCUGCGGAUGCGAGCAGACAAGAUUGCCGACCUGCUGAUCUAUUGGUGCAAGGACAAGGAUAAGAAAAUCGAUUACAACGAGUUCGUUCAGGUCUGGCUCAAGCAGAAAUAAAAAUCCAAAGACAUCUCUCUAUGCCAAAGGUCUGGGACGUUUCGCUGGGUCGUGCUCUGAUAUAAAGUUGGGGCCAUACACGAGUGAUUUUUUUGUCUAGAGUUAACAAGGUGACAGAAAAUAAAACAUAUAAGAAGUAAGAAAAACCAGAUGAUUAUUAUGGAUCACUAUUAACUUGUUCAGGGUAGUCGGGAAACAAUGUAAAUCAAUGCAGUAUGGUCACUAUUGAUGGUAAUGUCUUUAACUAAAUUAUGCUUUUGUCGCAAACAUCUGAUUGGCCUUUUCAUAAAUGAGAGGAAGCAUAUACAGGAAUGGACACGCAUAAUUUGUGGCUGCACUGUAUCAGUGGCUUUGGAAGAUGUUAAGCAUUUUUUUUUUUUUGGGGGGGAAGAGACUCUAUUCUGACGUUCACAUUCUUGUUCCCUUAUUAUCUUAUUUUGAGGUGGCGGCUGCUGCCCUGGUUCCUAUGCCACUGUCUUCUUCCGGGUAUCUGUCAGCAUACAGAUCCCAGUAGUCUAGUUACUUCAGUGCAUUGAAGCAGACGACAAACGUCGGUCUGUCGGAGCAAGAGUGACUUUUUUCGUUUCUGUAUUUAAAAAAAAAGUAGAACGUAUCUGCUUUCAUUUGAAGUCAUAUUUAUUGUUAUCUGUUGAAUAGAAAUAUUGAAUGAUAUACACACUAAUUUUCAGUCCGCAUGGACCUUAUUGUAUGACUGUGAGUCGCUGUUGUCUGCAUCCUCAAUCUGGUCAAACCCUCUUCCGGAAAUAACUGUUACUUCUCUUGGUCUGUGGAACACCCUUUACAUUCCUAAACCCACUCUCUUAACGCAGUAAUUACUUUUGUAUCUAGUUCCCUGAACUUUUAAAAAACAAAAUUUGCGACAAGGUUAUUUUUCCACAAAUCAGAAUGUGUAUACUCGGUAUUUUUAUUGCUGUCUAGUAUAUCAAACGGGAAUAAAAUGGUACAGAUAUCUGACACUAACUGAUCGGUAUCUCUAAAUACUUCAAGAUGCAACAGAACAACGAUCAACCAUAUGUUUUAAAAAUACUUGUCUCUCGAUCACAGAUAGAUUUUCAUCUUUUGCCUUUAAUUUAUGAGAAAAACUUUUACAUAGCUCGCAUGUUGAUGAUCUCCCCUGUCUAGCACGUUGGCAGGUGAGUGGAGGUGAGCAUCGCCUCCGCUCUGCUUUGUGCAGACUGCUAUGGUGGACGUAUACUCUGUUACCUGCUGUGUAAUGUGUAAGUCAAGUGACGUAGCUGGUAUUUUGUGUUACUAUCAUUUCUAUCUACUUAAAAAAACAAAACUAUGUAUCAAAAAUAAUAAAACGAAAGUUUUUUAUAGCCUUUAAAAUUGUACAUUUCUUUAUGUGUGGUACAUAAAGCCUUUUCUGCCUU